UAUAAAGGGAGUUUAUAAACUUCCUUCACCUUAGAGUGGAGUUUAGUUCUGCGAGAGUUGUGCAUGCUUUGGCUUAAAAUGUGACAGAGCUACAUUGUACCAGACAAAUGAAAUAAAGUGAAACUCAAGUAUUUAAAACUUUUGACAUAUAGUAUUUGACCCUGGUCUGGAACGAGAGCCCCUACUGGCCCACUGACCCAUAAUGAAGACCCCGGUGGCCGAGGGUCGCCUGCAGGUGCUGCAGAUCUACCGGCUCCUCCAGUAUGUUCAUGAGGGAGACCAACCUCAGAUAGAGAAGAUGGUAGACAUGGGUGUGGAGGACCUCAUCAACCUGACAGAGCCACGGGAGGGCACCGGAGUUCUCCACCUGGCUGCUGUGGCCAACAACACAGACAUGGUCAGCUUCCUGCUGGCCCAGGGCGCCCAGCCCAACGUCCAGGACAAAAGGGGACGCACCCCGGUCAUGUUAGCAGCUGAGAUGGGGCACGACGGCAUGGUGGCCCUGCUAGCUAAGAACUACGCUAAAAUGAACCUGUUGGAUGCUGAGGGGAAAGGUGUGCUCUUCUACUGCAUCUUCCCCACCAAGCGCCACAUGCGCUGCCUGCAGGUGGCCCUACACAGCAUGGCUGAUGUCAACAACGUCUCGCUCGCCGGGACACCCGUGAUCCUGCUGGCGUGUCAACGUGCCGCCGACUGCUCCGCCAUGUGCCUCAGCAUCCUGGAGCAGGGCGCCGACCCCAAUGCAGCCAAUCAGAUGACAGGCCGCACUGCAUUGAUGGAGGCAGCCAGGGCUGGGGCUGUGGAGCUGGUCAGAGCCAUCCUACUGAGGGGGGCAAACCCCAACACCCUCGACAAGAACCACCUCCACGCCACACACUUCGCUGCCAUGGGGGGAUUCUUUGAGGUGAUCCAGGUGCUGUCUGCUUACUCAGCUGACAUGGGGGUGAUGACAUCAGAGGGGGACACUCCUCUGCACUACGCUGCCCGAGGGGGCUUCACUGAUUGCUGCAGGUUCCUAGCACAGAGAGGUUGUAACCCCAAACAAAAAAACCAGGAGGGCCUUCUACCCCGUCAUAUUGCCAAAGACAACGGCUACAAGGCAGUUGUAAAGGAACUCAAGAAAGCAGAGAGGAUACAUGGGAAGUACUCCAAAACCGGGAUGUCCAAUCCCAACACUCCCUGGGCCCUGACCCUCCACGAUUGGUCCCACGAGCACGAGGCCGCCCUCCGGAACGCCUUUUUGGACGAAUCAGAAGCCAAGGGCACGGAGACAGUCUCUAGGGAAAUGUUUAUAUCUGUGCUGCAGAAGCUCCAGGCCCCAGUGGAACUGGACCAGCUCCACAAGGUGGUAGGGGCCCACGACAAAAGGAGAGAAGGACUAGUCAACGUCAGUGACUUCUUCAAGGGCCUCAAGUACCUCCAGAAACCAUUUACCAUCGCCUCUUAUGGUCCAAAGAAGAAGAAAGGAGGAAAGAGAGGUAAAAAGGGCAAGAAAAAGGCUAAAUUCACUCUCCCCAUGCCUAUUUGUACCAUCCCACCUGAGCUUAUAUACCGGCGGGACGACGGCGGGCCGCCUCACUACAUGAUCGAGACGUACCAGCAUUGUACUGACGUCACCCGUUUCGACCGCGACCACCCGCCAGUCCACCCGAUAGAGGAUGACUCCGCCUGGUACCUAGACAAGCCGGAGAGGGUCUAUAUCGACAUCAACUACUGUGUGAAGACGGGGGACCUGGAGUCUUUGAACCUGGCCUUCAGUCAGGGGGUCCCGGUGGAUGUGAAGGACCGCUUCUAUAAGACCCCUCUCAUGACCGCCUGCUCCAGUGGAAACUACGAGGUGGCCCAAUUCCUCCUCAACUUGGGGGCUGACGUGAAUGUGUGUGACCAGUUCCGUUGGACGCCCCUUCACCACGCUUGUCACGCCGGACAACUGGACAUAAUGGAGCUGCUGGUGGAGAGAGGAGCCAAGGUGGACACGCCCUCUCUCAACGGUGCCACACCCCUCAUGAGGGCCAUCGAGAGCUGCAGGCCCUGCUGUGUGGACUACCUCAUCAAGGCCGGGGCAAAGGUUGCUGCAGAAAACAAGAAAGAGCAAAAUUGCUUGGACAUCGCCCGUGCCUAUGCAGACUUCAGGAUUGUGGACUUGGUCCAGGCUAAGAUUGAUACUCUGCCCAAACUCAAGGAGAACAAGAAAGGAAAAGGGGGUAUACCUCAACCUAAACCCAGACCUGCCACUGCCCAAGAAAAGGGUCAUGGUCCGGUGACCCCUGCCCCAUCUGAGAUGGUAGUGAAUAAAGCGAUGUCCCUGAAGGAGAGCGUCAUUCUGCACAGCACUCAGAUCAUCAGCGGACAAGUCAACAAAGUGGACAUCAGCUACGUGCCAAAAACGGUAUGGGGCAAGCAGACCACCACCAGCCAGCUGGUAGAGAAGAUGCAGAAGAAGAGGGAGAGGUUUUCCUACGAGGUGGACUUUGAGGACUUUAUGAUGCCCUUCAGUAAGAACAUCCAGCAGAAAUCCCUGAAGCUGACUCAAGCUACUAACUAGUGGUAACAAGACAUGGUUGUAAUGAGUCAGCAGUUAUGUUUGCAGAUGGAAUAUAUUUGCCUCACAUAGUUGGUUUCAAAUCAGUUUUCAAUUCAGGAAGUGAAUUGGAAUUAAUUGAGUCAUAUUUUCAAUUUAUGUAUUGAAUUUCAAUUUACUCUCUGAAUUGAAAACAUAAUUUGCCUUAGCACACUGAUGGCUGAGAGGAUUGUUUCCUCGCUGUCAUAGAAAGCCAGUAAAUGUAUUGACUAAAGCAAGAGACACCAAGUAGUAGAUGUAAAGAUGUCAGAAUAAUGUAUAGAUGUUGUUCACUGUAUCUAUUGAAAUUAUCCACUUGAAUUUAGUUCAAAAUUGUCUUCUUCUGACAUGCCUACCGAGUACUCAUUGUUAUCACUAGACACAAAGCACAUGGCAAAGAGUCUGUCCUGUACACCAGACAGCUUCCACUCUUCCAGACAGCUUUACAGUCCUACGGAUCUGAUAUAGAAGUCCUAGUAAUGAUUUGAAAUAUGUUGGGGAGGAUCCACACCUAGUACCUUUUUUGCACUGUUGGUUAGAGCCUGUAAAAAAGCAGGUCUUCACACACCUGUUGUAUUCUG